AUGGACUCGCUAUUGCCAUGGCAGAAGGAGUCGAAAGUGCCAUCGAAGAAAUGGAUUUAUCUGGUUGUCGCAGUUUUGGCGGUCGGACUCAUGGUCCUCGGCAUGAGAAGUGGCCCACCACUUGGACCUGCGAGUUUCACAGGCGAUGAAGAGUCUACCAAGACGAAGAACAAGGACGCCGGUGGCGAUGCAAGACCGACCACUACUCCUCUAACGACGAAGCCUACGAACGCCUCACUGCCCAUCGAUCUCGAUGGCUUCCUAUUUGACUCGUUGAGCAUUGGUCAAUGCAAGGAGGAAUUCCCCAAGCUGUUCCACGACAUCGGUCAACGCGUGGCAUACUGGCAUGGAAAGCAACAUACGAUCUCGUCAGAGGACACAGAUGUUUCAUGGCGCAACCACGAGUCUAAGGAUGGCGGUGGAGGAGCAAUGCGUUUGCUCAUACACAACAAUGAGCUGCGGAUCUUGCAGAGCACAAAAGACAACAUGGGCCACAUGGGAAUGCGGCCGCGCUCGAUUGCAGUCUUGGGUCUCAUGCAGCGAGCUAUCGACAGUGCCAUUGCAGCGGGAGAGCAGUUACCAACCAUUGAAUUCGCUACAUGUGUUGAAGAUAUAUGCAAUGGUGCACCAGCAGGCAGCAUGAAGUCGUUCUGGGCCUUUGCGUCAAAGCACUCGGACGAAGAUCACAAGAAACGCUGGCUUAUGCCGAACUACGACUUCUGGUUUGAUCAUGGUUCUGGAUCAUGGAAGGAUGCAAGGAGGAGGGCCAUUCAGCGCGACUCGCCAUUUGCGAGCAAGAUACCGAAGAUUGUCUGGCGUGGAAAUACUGGUUUCAAUUCCAUCCGACCUGCUUUGCUCGAGGCGACAGCAGGCAAGGACUGGGCAGAUAUGAAGAAUGUGGACUGGUCUGCUGAGAGCCAGGUGAACCGAAUCCAUCAAGACACGUACUGCAACUAUGCCAUGACCAUCAACACCGAAGGCAUCACCUACUCUGGACGCCUAAAGUACCUACUCAAUUGCAACUCCCUGACCUUUGCUCACGACAUGGAAUGGAUCACGUACUGGUACCACCUGCUUGAAGCGGAAGGCGAGCAUCAGAACUACGUCCAAGUCUCUCGCGACUGGCAUGAUCUUGAGGAGAAAGUUCUCUAUUAUCUUGGUCACCCGGACGAAGCCGAGAAGGUCAUCAACAACAGCGUAUCCACCUUUCGCAGCAAAUACUUGACGCGCGCCGCGGAAUCAUGCUACACGAGACAUCUCAUCGAAAGCUACGCCUCUGUUGCGUAUACACCUGAGAUCUACAAGUCUGAGAAGGAAGGGAGUGUCAGCAGGCUUCGUGGUGUUCCAUUUGAGCAGUACAUGUCGGACUUCAAGGACUUCAAUGAAGAGGACUUGAAGGAUGGAGAAGAUUGA